AUGAUCGAAAACAAAGCGUUUAUCUACAAAUCAAUUCCCGAUGGCUGGCCGGUGCCUGGCCAGGACCUCACGGUCGAGGACAUCGGCUUCGACGAGAAUGCGCCUCCUCCUAAGGGCGGCUUCACAACCAAGAACUACUACGUGGCAUAUGACCCGUCACAACGAGGCCGCAUGCGCGACCCUUCCAUCCAGUCGUACUCGCCAGCAAUGAAGACCGGGGAACCCGUCAUCAGCGUCAGCGUCAUAGGCAAAGUGCUCAAAUCCGACGACCCUGCCAUCAAGGAAGGGCAGAUCGUCAUGUUACAGGGUUCCGGCUCGGAGAGCUACUCCGCCAAGGACGAGAGCGCCGUCAAGACGACGCAGAUUAUCGAGCCGAAGGAGGGCGUCCCGCUCACAGCGUACCUGGGAUUGUUGGGCAUGACGGGUAUGACGGCCUACGGGAGUCUGCAUGAGAUCGGCCAGCCGAAGAAAGGGGACGUUAUUCUCAUUUCUGCGGCCGCGGGAGCCGUCGGUCAGAUGGUCGGGCAGAUUGCGGUACGGGAAGGUCUCCAUGUCAUCGGCUCCGUCGGCGACGACCGCAAACUCGACUUCAUCCUCCACGACCUCAAAUUCACGUCCGGCUUCAACUACAAAAAGGAAUCCAUAGCCGACGCGGUGAAACGCCUGGCCCCCGAGGGCAUCGACAUCUUCUACGACAACGUCGGCGGGGAGCUCCUCGACGUGGCCCUCGCCAACAUGAAGGUCUUCGGCCGGAUCAUCGCGUGCGGGUCCAUCUCGACGUACAACAACGCAAAGGACACGACCCCCUACGGUGUGAAGAACUAUGCCGCGAUGGUGAGGCGGCGGCUGCGCUGGCAGGGCUUCCUGGUGUUUGACCCGAACAUCGCGCAAUGGCGCAAGGAACGCGACGAGAACGUCACAGAGUGGAUCCAGGACGGCAGUUUCAAGAGCGUCGAUCAUAUCACGGAGGGCAUGGACAAUGCUGUCCAGGGCUUCCUCGGCAUGCUCAAGGGGCAGAACCUGGGGAAGAGUAUUCUGAAGAUAGCGGAUCCCGAAUGA